UGGAGCCUCUGUCAGUAUGAUCUUACACCAAACCGUAAAGAAACUAGAUCUCAAGAUUGAAGAGCCAUUAAAAAGCCUUAUUGUUGCUGCUACUGGCACCACCUCUAGACCUCUUGGAAUCAUUAGAAAUUUGUUUAUUAGGAUCCAAGAUCGACUUAUCCCCUUGGAUAUAGAAGUUGUACCUGCCACCUUUUAUUCUAUUCUACUUGAAAAUAAUUGGACAAAGAAAGUAGAAGCCAAUUAUAAUUGGAAAACAUGUCAAUAUACUCUCUAUUGA